UCUCGUCUCUUCCUUGACCCUUUCGAUGCGAAAGAGGGUCCUCCCUCUCCAACUCUUCCUCUCCCUCCCUCUCUCUCUCUCUCUCUCUCUCUCUCUCUCUCUCUCUCUCUCUCUCUCUCUCAAUAUACAUAUAUAGGAAUCUGGAUAGAAUCAUUCUUUAGACUGCUAGCAUCUUUUCUUUUCCUUUUUCUCCCUCUUUCUCUAUAAAUCUCUUUCUGUAUAUAUUCUUUAGAUUAUAUUUUUUUUUAGAGAUUUAGAUUAGUAUAACAAAAAAAAAAAAACAAAAACACAAUUUAAUUUCUUGUUGUUGUAAACUUAAUUUAAUUAAAUUGAUCAAAACCAUGACUUCAGUCACCAACAUCGACGGUCACCAACCGCUUACUCCUGCCCUUCAACAUCAGGGUGAAAUGGAGAGUAAAGUGGAGAGUAGCGAAAAGGCAUGUGGGAAUCAUGGUGGGAUUUGUGCUAUAUGCUUGGAUAAGAUUGUCCUUCAGGAAACUGCUCUUGUUAAAGGUUGCGAGCAUGCGUACUGUGUGACGUGCAUCCUUCGAUGGGCCACAUACAGUAAGAAUUCAACCUGUCCUCAGUGCAAACAGCCAUUCGAGUUUCUCAAUGUUCACCGUUCUCUUGAUGGCAGCAUCCAGGAUUACAUGUUUGAGGAAAGUGUGUGCCUCCUCCUUCGAGCUGCAUGGUUCAUGCCUUUGACCGUGGAGGAUCAUGAGGAUUUUUAUGAAGACCCGGAUGAUUAUUAUCCAUAUGAAUAUGAAUAUGAAUAUGAAGAUGAGGAUGAUGAUCUAGAUGGAGUGUACUUGAGCAGUUCAUCCAGUCUUCGCAUUGGAAAUCGCAGGUGGGGAGAUAAUGGCUAUGUUAGGGCAGGGCGUCAAGAAGCAAGGCCAGUGCAUCGAUCAAAUUUCGAGGACUCGGGGGCCGGCUCUUCACGUGAACCUAAGAAGAAAGAGGCUGCAAAAGAUAGAACAGGGAGACGGGCAAAGAGGACACUCAAGCGUGAAGCGGCUGACAAGGCUGCUGCGGCAAAACAUCAGCAGCAUUUGACUAGGUUGGGCCGGAAGUGAUUCCAUGUUCAUUUCUGUUUGUUCUUCAUAAGCCAGGAACAGCGAACCUGUCACCUGUACAGUAUUUCCAUGCAUUAACUCUGGAAUAAUAAUGACAUGGUAGUUGAUUAGCAUCUAGGAGAUGGGGGGUAUGUGGACGAUGAAUGACAGGUCCAUUGCCCAUUCAGAAUUUAACGCUACUCAAUUCAACUCACAAUGAAGUUCAUAACUUCAUAUUGCAGUUGCUAA